CAACACAGCAUCAGUACUGGACUGGCUGCCUGCCUGGUACUUUUACCACAUGACAAGGCGGUAUAUUGCACGCUUUUGCGUAUGGAGAUAUGUAUUUCCGUCCGCACUCAAGUAGCAAUGAUAUUUUACUGGUUUAACGCUAAACCCACUUUUCGCUGUGUUUGUUACUUUGCUUUCUUGAACAUACCCCACUGAGCGAGUACCCCGAUAUUGUUCAAGGGGAAUAUAAUGGCUGCACAGGAGCCGUCUCCACCAUCUUCCCUGGAAGGAAAUAAACCAGGCUUCCCAAAGAAAAUUUUGGCCAACAGCCUUGAAGACAAGCAUUUGUGUAAUUCUUGUCUGAAAAUCCUCCGGAGGCCCUUACAGGCGCAAUGUGGUCACCGCUUUUGUUCGUUCUGUUUCAACAAAAUAGUGAGUUCUGGACCUGAGAAAUGCGAUGCUUGCAUCAAAGAAGACUUAUUUGAGGAACCCACUUCGAUUCUCAAACAAGGAGGUGCUUUUCCAGACAAUGCAGCUCGUAGAGAAGUGGAAGCCUUGGCAGCUGUUUGCCCCAAUGAAGGAUGCACAUGGACUGGGACUGUCAAAGACUUUGAGCUUAGCCAUGAGGGCAACUGUGACUUUGCCAUCAUCUUGUGCCCUUCCUGCAAAGAGUUGAUGAGAGCCAACGAACAAGAACGCCAUGAUGAGCGAGAAUGUCCAGAGAGGACACUCAACUGUAAAUACUGCAAAGAACCGUUCCUUUUAAAGAACAUCAAGGCUCACGAUGAAAUAUGCCCGAAGUACCCAAUGAUCUGUGAAGGUUGUGCAAAGAAAAAGAUACCCAGAGAAAAGUAUGUGGACCAUAUUAAGUUCUGCAGUAAAUUUAAAGCACCAUGCAGAUUUCAUGUUGUUGGCUGCGAUACGUCUGUGGAGAAGGAGAAGAUCUAUGACCACGAACGCCAAUGUUCAUACGAACACCUCAACCUACUUUUGCAUUUCAUCAUGGGUAUCAAGGUGAGCCUGGAGAGCCUGCAGCCUCAGAGCCUAGAGAUAGCUGGUCACAAGUUGCAUGAACUCCACCAGUCCCUCAGAGACUUAGAACUCAAGAUGAGCCAAUUUGGUGGAGGUGGCACCACAGCUUCCGGGCAGGGUGCAUGCGCGCCAACCCUAACCACCUCAUUCACGCCACUGCCGAGUGCUGUGGGUGCUGCCCUGGAGCUGCAACUCCAAAGUGAAAAGACCAAGGUGGUAGAGUUGAGCCGACGGUGCCAAGAGCUGGAGCUGAAAGUGAAUACAUUCGAGAACAUCGUUUGUGUCCUCAACCGAGAGAUGGAGCGCUCAUGCACUACUAUGGAAGCCUACAACCGACAACAUAGACUGGACCAGGAUAAAAUUGAGAUCCUCAAUAACAAGGUUCGUCAGUUGGAGAGAACUGUAAGUCUGCGGGAACUGUCCAUCGUAGAGAUGGAGGGAAAGAUAAGGGAGAUGUCAGCAGCCACAUAUGAUGGAACUUUUGUGUGGAAGAUCUCUGAUUUUACGAAGAAGAGACAGGACGCUGUUGCUGGCAGAGCACAUGCUAUGUUCUCCCCUGCCUUUUACACAAGUAAAUAUGGCUACAAGAUGUGCUUGCGUAUCUACCUAAAUGGAGAUGGGACAGGACGGGGCACUCAUUUAUCUCUCUUCUUUGUGGUGAUGAGAGGACAUAGCGACGCACUCCUUAAAUGGCCUUUUAAUCAGAAGGUCACCCUAAUGCUGCUCGACCAGAACAACAGGGAGCACAUAAUCGAUGCUUUCCGGCCCGACAUCUCAUCCUCGUCCUUCCAGAGGCCCGUCAGUGAUAUGAACAUUGCCAGUGGCUGCCCACUCUUCUGUCCGCUCUCCAAGCUAGACACUAAAAACUCUUACAUUCGUGAUGAUACUAUUUUCAUCAAGGCCACUGUUGACCUCACAGGCCUUUAGACUUAAAUUUGCCAUUUGUUUCACUACUAACUGCCAUUUCUCUUUAGGGUCUGUCAAAUGGCUUUGCCAUUGGUAAUAUGCAAGUGUUGGAAAGUUUUCUUAUAGUUUACCAUCAAAGACAAUGUUUUAAAAAUAUGAACACAAAUAUUUAUUUACCACCUACGUCUUUAAGUACAAACCGGUGACAGGUAUUUAUUGUGUGUGUGUGUGUG